AGUGUCUGACUGUUUGACAGAUUCAUCAUUCGAGUCAGUAGUCAACCCACAUUGACCUGCAGCAAAAAACCCGAGUCCGUCACCAUGAUCGGAAAGCAAGCACCUAAUGACGAGGGCAAAGUCAAUGGUGCCAGCCAUGAUGACACCUGGUCGCCCAGCUCGUGGAGAGCAAAGCCGAUUGUGCAGUCGGUGAAAUACGAGGACGAUACGCUGUACGAGACCGCGCUGGCGAAGCUCAAGCUUGUGCCACCAAUUGUCACACCCACCGAGAUCUGGAAGCUGCGCAACUCUUUGCGCGAAGUGGCAUUGGGCAAGGCUUUCCUCCUUCAGGGCGGAGACUGCGCAGAACUGUUCGACUACUGCAAUGACGGCGCCAUCGACUCGAAGAUCAAGUUGCUGCUGCAAAUGUCACUCGUUCUCAUCUGGGGAGGCAAUCGACCUGUCGUUCGCAUUGCGCGCAUGGCAGGACAGUAUGCCAAGCCGAGAAGUUCUCCUACGGAGAUGGUCAACGGCAAGGAGAUCCCAAGCUACCGCGGCGACAUCCUUAACUCCUACUCCCCGGACAAUCGCAAGAUCGAUCCGGAUCGACUUGUCCAGGCAUACUUCCACUCCGCCGCCACCCUCAACUACGCUCGAGCGCAACUCGCUUCUGGUGUGGCCGAUCUGCACAACCCCCUCGACUGGAAUCUUGGUCAUGUCACGGACGCGAAGCUGCUGUCCAAGUACACGACCAUUGUGGAUAGCAUCCGCUCCAGCUUGCGCUUCAUGCGGACAAUUGGCGCGGACACUUCUGAUGACCUUCAGACCGUCGACCUCUACACCAGUCACGAGGCACUCCUGCUUGCGUACGAGGAGGGCCUCACUCGUAAGUUGAGGCAUCCUCGCAAUCGCGCCAACACAGACCCGUCCGCCCCUCAACCCGAGGAGUUUGGCUACUACAACACCAGCGCUCACUUCGUCUGGGUCGGCGACCGCACCCGGCAGCCCGACCACGCUCACAUCGAGUACGUCCGCGGCAUCGAGAACCCCAUCGGCAUCAAAGUCGGACCCUCCACGACGGUCGAAGCGCUUACCGAGCUGCUCGACCUCGUCAACCCUCGCAAGGAAAUCGGAAAAGUCACCCUCAUCACGCGCUACGGCAAGGACAAGAUCGCCGCCAUGCUCCCCACGCACAUCGAAGCGGUGCGCAAGACGGGUCACAUGGUCGUCUGGCAAUGCGAUCCCAUGCACGGCAACACGCGCUCCACGAGCGAAGGCAUCAAGACGCGCUCCUUCCAGUCCAUCUUCGACGAGCUGUCCUCGGCGCUGCGCAUCCAUCAGGAGUGCGGCUCGUACCUGGGUGGUGUCCAUCUCGAGUUGACGGGCGAUGCGGUGACGGAGUGUACGGGUGGGAGUGUGAACAUCGGCGACGAUGAUCUGAGUCGGGCGUAUCAGACUUACUGCGACCCGAGGUUGAACGAGAAGCAGGCGUUGGAGUUGGCGUUCCUGGUGGCAGACAACCAGAGGGAUACGACAGAGGCUUGA